UAUUGUUUUUACCCUUUUUUUCGAAAAUAUGUUUUUUCUUCACAGAAAAUUCCCACAGCAUAUACAAAUUACAAGAAUGGAAAGCUACCUAGGAAGGUUUUCCUUAGGAAUCAAUUUAGCAAUAUGUCGUGGCCUGUAAGAGUGAUCAAAAUAGAAAAAGAUUUGUAUUUUCUGAAUGGAUGGGAGAAAUUUAUCGAGGACAACAGUCUAGAGUUUGGAAACAUUAUAAUAUUCGAUUAUGAUGGAAAUGAAAUAUUUGACAUAAAAUUACUUGAACCAAAUGGAUGUAUAAAGAAUGGAGCUAAAAGUGACAACAAGAAGGAAGAAGUGAAUGUUGAAUAUCGACAGAGUAUAGAACCAAAAGAGAAAAACAAGACUAGAGAUAACAACAAUAGCUCAUUUGAUGAUGAUAGCACUGAUAACUAUAUGGUAGAAGAAGAAGAUAAUGAUGAAGAAGAGGUGGAAAAGGAGGAGGAAGAAGAUAAUGAACAGGAGGGGGAGGAGAAAGAAACAGAGGAGGAGGUGGAUGAAGGGAAAGAGGAUGAAACAGAGGAGGAAGUGGUGGAGAGGAAGGAGAAUGAAACAGAUGGAGAAGACACGUCAGCUUCAAAAGCUAUUACUUGCAAGGUGAGGACUGUGCAUGACAAAUAUGGUGCAGAUAUAUUCACAAGUGGACGCGCAACUCAGCCAAAAAAUCCUUACUUUGUAGCAAAGAUGCGAGCAAAAAUGAGAAAUCAACUGUAUGUUCCAAUUGAUGUGGUGAGAGACUACAAACUUGAACUCCCUUCAACCAUGAUCAUUCGCGACUCUGUUGGAAGAGAGUUUGAGACAAAAGUCAAUAAUUGGAGCAAUGGAACAACAUGGCUGGUAGGCGGAUGGCGCAAUUUAUGUAGGUGGAAUCUUGUGGAAAAAGAUGACAGGUGUAUUUGUGAAUUUGUGAGGGGAAAAUGUGGCAGAGUCCUUUACUUGCAAAUUCAAGUUCUCUAUGAAGGAUCAAAUUCUCAUCGCAACAAUAAAUAAAAAAAUAGUUUAUUACUAUCAUAGCAUUUUAAUUUUUAUGGCCUUAAGUAUUAUCAUGUAUUGACAGAUUUGAUGACUAUAAGCAUUGUUGUUUGUUGACAAAUUUUGAAGACUCAAAAUAUUGUUGUUUGUUGAAAAGAAAUGAAGGUUGUUUUAGUUAGUA